CAUGUGUGUGUAGUUGACGGGGUCGCGGCUUUAGUGUGUUAAAGCGGAAAUGCGUUGGGCGCCAUUUUGUGCGUGGGGCUUGAGUGAGAUGGGAAAAUGGCAAAGCGCUAACAAAUGUGCGGCCUAUUGACACAUUCGGCGUGACACAUUUCGCAGGGUAAAUAAAUUGUGUAAAUCACAUGUUCGGCUAACGAAAUCCCAACCAAAUUCUCCAUGAGAAAUCCUUGGCCAAAAGGGCUGGUGAGCCAAAGGAAUUUAAAUAAAUAUGACGGCCAUCAGAGAAUUCGCCAUCACCGUACGACGGGCAUCCACCAAAUGCGCCAAAGUUGGGCAUUCCUCGGUCUCGGUGGCGCGGUCUCUGAGGAAACUCUCACCCACGGCAUUCAAGACUCUUCGCCGGGUAAUUGCCAAGGUGGAGCAUUUGGACAUAUUGGGUCAGAAGAUAAGGCUGAAUGAGCGGGAGCAGGAAUCCAACAAGGUUAUCAUGGCCGUCAAAAAAGAGGAGAUAUCCAAGGGCAUAUUGGACCCAAGCCAGUUUACGCCAGGUCAACACAUUUUUAAGACCCUGACCGAGAUCCGUAAAUCGCAGAUCUUUAAUCUGAUUAAGCGGAUGCCCAAGGGCGGAGUGCUCCAUGCUCACGAUACGGCACUCUGCAGUACGGAGUAUCUUAUUAGUUUGACCUACCGUGAGAAUCUUUGGAUUUGUACAGCGAAUGAGGGGUGCGACGCCUCUGCCUUGAGGUUUUCCAAGCAGAAACCACAGGCACUGAACGAUUGCGAUUGGAGUCUGUUGUCCGAGGUGCGAGCGAAGUACGGAUCUAAAAGGGUGGAUGAGUAUCUGGCCGAAAGACUCACCCUGUAUCCCACCACAAAGUUCGAGGACAACAACGCUGCGUGGUCCACGUUUAUGAAUAUUUUCGCGCUACUCGACGGUCUCGUGAUGUAUGCCCCCGUCUGGGCGGACUACUACUAUACUGCCCUUAAGGAGUUCUACGAGGAUGGAGUGCUGUACCUGGAAUUCCGUUCCCUUGUUCCCACGCUUUACGACCUAAAUGGCACGGAAUUCACUGCAAUGGAUACUGUGCGCAUCUAUGUGGAGACCCUGGAAAAGUUCAAAGAGGAUCAUCCCGAUUUUAUCGGUUCCCGCAUGAUCUACGCUCCCAUCCGUAACACCAAUACAGAGGGACUAACUUCCUAUAUUAACACUUUGAAAGAGAUUAAGGAAAAAUACCCGGACUUUGUGGCUGGUUUUGAUUUGGUUGGCCAGGAGGAGUUGGGACGUCCCUUAAGGGACUUUAUCGAUGAACUGUUGACGAUACCUGAGGAUAUUGACUUUUAUUUCCACGCUGGAGAGACAAACUGGUUCGGUUCAUCUGUGGACGAGAAUCUGAUUGAUGCUAUUUUGCUAGGAACUAAGCGUAUUGGCCAUGGAUUUGGUCUAGUCAAACAUCCCGUCGUGCUGGACAUGCUGAAGAAACUGAAUGUGGCCAUUGAGGUCAGCCCCAUUUCGAAUCAGGUGCUUCAGUUGGUCACGGACUUCCGGAACCACCCGUGCUCCCACUUCAUAGCCGAUGGCUAUCCGGUGGUUAUUUCCUCGGAUGAUCCCUCCUUCUGGAAGGCCACGCCCCUCUCGCACGAUUUCUAUAUCGCUUUUCUGGGAAUAGCCUCGCAACACUCGGAUUUGCGACUCCUGAAGAAGCUGGCCCUGAACUCCAUCCAAUAUAGUUCGCUGUCAGCAGAAGCCCAAUUCGAUGCACUGGAGAAGUGGCAGGCGAAAUGGGACCAGUUCAUUGCAGAUGUCAACGAGAAUGAAUCCAACCGGGGAUCUCCAAGUCAACAUCUCGAUUGACUAGCACGGGUGGUGUCAGUGCUGCUGGUUACGUUAUCCCUGAUGGCCUCUAACCUUUAGCGCUAGUCGGAAAAAGCCACCUCACCUGCUGCAUCUACCACUCCACUCCAACUUUACACACGGCUGCAGCGGCUUCAUAACAUUGCAGCCUCAUUCUCAUCCAGUCAGAACUAUAUUCAUAAUCACAUCGUCAAUAUGUAACCAUUGUUGUAAGCUAAUUGUUAUGGACUAGUCCUUAGGUAGACCUAGGCUAAACCCUUUUUCUAAACCAAUGAGAUUCUGUGCCACUAUUAAAGGCUGAACUAUUCUCCUGCGCCAAAGAAAACGAAAGCAAUAAAGAACCCGUUUUAGUCGUAGCCGAAAUAAGA